UUGAUCUGCACGGGAAUCUUCACAGGAAGUCGCUGCAAAUUUGCCUCCUCCGUAUUUGACGUGCAAUCAAACUUUAGCGUUUUCUUGCAACAAAAAUUAAAGAACGAAGACAACACGAAGCUAAGUGGAACGGAAUUGUUGGGUUAGAUGGAUCCCUGGCUUGUUCUUGCUAUGAUUUUUUUCCAAGCUUCUUUCCUCUGCGAAGCUGCUACAAGUAGGAACAGUUCGUGCACGAAGAUCUACGGCGAAAGUGGAUUGCACGCGAGAUGUACUAUUGAAAGUGUGGAAGAGCUGUCGACGAUUUUGCAUAACCCAAAUGAUGUGAAAUCUUUGAGUAUCUUCUCCAGUGACCUGGAAACAAUUCCUGAAGGAGCCUUCAGGAAUUUCACAAGUCUUGUCAAUUUGAGUUUACCCAAUAACGGCAUCCGCACCAUAAAAGGUGGCGCAUUCUCCGGUCUCAAUCAUCUGCAGCGUCUAGAACUCUCUGGGAACCAGCUGAUAGAAUGGGAGGGAAAUUUCACAAACAGUCUUCCGUCUUUGAUUCUCUUGGAUUUAUCUGGGAAUUCCAAGUUCGUUCUUCCGACCUUUCUGCUCAAAUUGCGCAUGCUCAAGGAAAUUAAGGGAGUGACCUGGAACGACCCAUGUGCUAAUUGCUCUUUGGUGAAGAACCACACUCUGAAGGAAGGCGAGUUUAAAAACAAUGGGGUUAAUAUAGAGACUUCCGAACUUCGAAAAGGAGAUUACCUGGUUGGGAACAUGGGACAUUGUCGCGUAAACAGACUCGAGGCGAGCCAAGAGGUUGUGGGGUAUGCAAAACAUGGAUUCUUUCCACGAUGCCUCGAGAUAAAAGCUUGUUUUGACAAUGAAAUUCGCGUCACCCCUUUACACCGUUGCUGGGACAUCGAUAACAAAAUCUUAAGUAUCGAGUUCCUAAUCGCACCAAUUGCCAUGAUCCUGAAUCUUACAGUGAUCGUAGUGACAUUAACAACAAGAGUAUUACGAAGGAAUGUGACUAUGUGUCUAACGAGCAAUAUGGCUCUUAGCGACUUCCUUGUCAGUCUCUACACACUUAUCUUGGUCUGCACAAGACUGAAGCCCUACACAGAGUUUAUGUUAUUCAUGAAGAAUCUCUGUAAUGCCCUUGGGUUUAUUUGGCUCUCCAGCGCAAUUGUUAGCAUCAAGACGUCGCUCAUUCUCACCGUGGAGCGGUAUUUGGCAGUUGUGUACUGUAUGCAACCCUCAUUACGAAUCACUCGGAAGAUAGCGUUCAUCCUUGUGUUAAUCACAUGGUGUUUGGGCGUGAGCAUCGCUGUUUUGCCGUUGGUCAAUAUUUCUGUCUAUGACGGCAAUACAUUCUGUAUUCCUAUUCGCCCGAUCAAAGACAUUCCCCAUUCGUAUGAGCUGAGUAUUGGACUUUCCUUGUGGGGAAUAGUCCUGUAUUUCAUCACCAUACCCUUCUACAUUAAAGUUUUUAAAACUGUGAAGAAAACGGAAAAAAAGGCUGGAAUCAAAAGAGACGGAACCCUAGCAAGGAGAAUCGGAGCUUUAGUCCUUAGCAACAUGAUCUUUUUCUUGGUGCCUAUCGUCAUCGCGUUUCUGUGGCUUACGACGAACAUUCAAGAGGUGAUGUCGCCGCAAAGUAGAGAAAUCCUCACGGGCGUUCUACCAACCAUCCUUUUCAGCUUUAAUUCACUUAUUAAUCCCCUUCUUUACGCCUUCAGAGCAGAAAAAUUCAGAAAGGCCAUCAAGAUUAAAAUAGAUUAUAUAUGUCUUCGUAAAGGCCGUAGCACGUCGUUGACAAGUUCGCUCUCGGGCAGACUCCGAGGCCCGACAGUAAGCUCCAACAAUGGCGGUGGAAGUCCAGGCAGGCAAACCCCUGAGUUGAGGACUUCACGCAGUGUGUUAAGCUUGACGAAGAUAUAGUUUUCCAGUUGAACUGGCAGUCAAGGAAGGAGCUCCCAGAAGGUCAACUUCCUGGUAUAUCUAGGCGUAAAAAUACUGCGACAUCUCUUACGAAGGACCAUCAGGAGAGAAUAUGCUUUCCUCUCCUCAACUCUCCUCAAUUUAAAAGACACGGUAGCUUAACUUAUUGAAGACUGGAAAUGAGUCUGAACCCAAUCCUAGUUAGGUGUGAUUCAAUAAUGAAAAGAACAGGAAAAUAGUUAAUGAUGAAGAAAUGUUCUUAAAAAAAAAACGUUUUGAGCUUAAUUAUAGGUUCCAAAAUUGUAUUUCGAUUGCGAGACUAUAUCAUGUUGGACUCACACUAUGCGUUUGGUUUUCUCAAUGUUGGAUUUUUCUAAAUACUGAUUAAUUCCAGGUCAAGGGCUUGUAAUGAUAGCACUGUAUUGAAUGUUUACCCGGAAAAGUAUAACUUAGUCGGUUUCUGGCUACUAUGCGCUUAGUUUGCACAAACUUUAGAUGGAACUGAAUACACUAAUCUCUAUGACAGCAAGGGCAACGAGUUUUCAAGGGGGUGUUAAUAUAUCCAGCGAAUUGAAUAAUUUUGUUAAUAAUUGUAAACUUGUGCAGUUUACAUAGGUUUUCAUUGGUCAAGAAAUUCGUGCCUGUCUCCAAACCUUUCAUUUGGCGAGUUAUUACAGUUGAAUAUCGUUGAUGGUAAAUUAAGUAUCGUUAGAUGGACCAAUCAGAAUUCUUUUUGGGCUAUAUCGUGUAUAAAUGUUUGGGUCUAGUCUCCUAAGCAGCCGCACUUUCUUUAGGUCACGCAGCGCGCGCACCACCAAUUACGUUGCGUGACAUGUGGGAGCUUUGAUGGAUUGAGAAAUAAAACUAUUAAUCAUUGCAUGCCAUUAAUAAUCUGAUAAAUCAACAUAAUUAG